AUUGGCUGUGAGGUGGAAAAUUAGGAGGACACUCUUUUGUCUUAAAGAUGGCUUCUGGGGGCACGGUGCCUACUUCUGGUGUAACAGAAUCUAGUGCUGCUGGUGUCGAGAAGUUACCCGAGGAGAUGAAUGACAUGAAAAUUAGAGAUGAAAAAGAAAUGGAAGCAACAGUUGGAUGGUAAUGGGACAGAGACAGGGCAUAUAAUUGUGACAACGAUUGGUGGUAGAAAUGGUCAGCCGAAACAGACUAUAAGUUACAUGGCUGAGCGUGUGGUUGGACAUGGAUCAUUUGGAGUUGUCUUCCAGGCAAAGUGCUUGGAGACAGGUGAAACUGCUGCUAUAAAGAAGUUCUUCAAGAUAAGAGGUACAAGAACCGUGAGCUGCAAACAAUGCGACUUCUUGACCACCCAAACGUUGUGGCUUUGAAACAUUGCUUUUUUUCUACAACA